AUAAAUAAAUAAAUAUGCUAGCAGGACGCUAAACGGACCCGAAAGGAACUAUUCGGCGGAGGAGAAAGAAUGUCUGGCCAUUGUAUGGGCCAUCCGCCGGUUGAGGCCAUACUUGGAAGGUUAUCGCUUCAAGGUGGUCACGGACCAAAUGGCUCUGAAAUGGUUAAAUAGCAUAGAAAGGCCGUCGGGAAGAGUGGCGAGAUGGGCAUUACAGUUACAGCAGUACGACUUUGAAGUCGCGUACAGGAAAGGACAGCUCAACGUGGUAGCCGACGCACUCUCCCGACAACCGGUGGAGGAGCGAGGCCGUCGGAUAAGAAAUGAGGAGGGAACACAGCCAGUAGGCGAGCCGCCCUGCAAGUGGUUAGAGGGCAUGGCCGAAAAGAUCAGAAAAUAACCCCCAAAGUACCCCGACUAUGUGGAGAAGGGGGGGAACUUCUACCGGCACAUUCCUCACCGGGCCGGGAGCGAAGAAGUUGUGUGUGCCUCGUGGAAGUUAUGUGUGCCGAAAUAUGCCCGAGAAAGGGUUUUAAAGGAGAGCCACGAUAACCCGGAAGCAGGCCACGCCGGCGGAAGGAGAACCGCGGCACGGGUGGCGGCAAGAUAUUACUGGCCGGGGAUGUACAGGGACGUGAGGGCCUACGUGCGGAAGUGCGAACUAUGUCUGCGUUUUAAGCCAAGUCAGCUACAAGCGGCAGGGGAAAUGUUGACACAGGUACCGGAAGAACCAUGGGCAACGGUAUGCGCGGACUUUGUGGGUUCUCUGCCGAGGUCGAAGCAUGGGAACUCGAUGCUGCUGGUGCUAGUGGAUCGAUUCUCAAAAUGGACAAUGUUGACACAGGUACCGGAAGAACCAUGGGCAACGGUAUGCGCGGACUUUGUGGGUCCUCUGCCGAGGUCGAAGCAUGGGAACUCGAUGCUGCUGGUGCUAGUGGAUCGAUUCUCAAAAUGGACCGAGUUGGUGCCGCUGAGGAAGGCCACAGCCGAGGCACUAAUAAAGGCCUGUCGAGAGCGCAAAAUAGCCCGUUUUUGGGCGCCCAGUUUGCAGGCAGGGCAUUUAAAAGAUUUCUGGAGCAGCUAGGAGUCCGCCACCAGUUUACGGCGCCAUACACGCCGCAAGAGAAUCCGACAGAGCGAACGAACAGAACGAUAGAGACCAUGAUCGCUCAGUUCACCGAGGAUGAUCAAAUAUGUUGGGACGAAAAAUGGCCGGAGCUAAUGCUGGCCAUGAAUUCGGGAGUGUCGGAUACAACUGGAUAUUCACCAGCGUUCGUGGUGCAAGGAAGGGAACCCCGGCUGCCAAAGGCCCUAUAUGACGAAGAGACGGUAGGCACGGGACAAGGCACAGAGACGCCGGAUGAAAAUGCGAAGAAGUUAAAAGAGCUGUUUCAGUUGGUUCGACGAAACUUGAAAAGGGCAGCCCAGGAUCAGGCCAGGCACUACAACCUGAGAAGAAGACCGUGGAGACCCAAAGUGGGAGAGGGAGAGAGAAAAAUAAAACGAGAAGAGAAGAAGCUCAGCAAACCUGAACAGGAAACGCGUCCCCAAAGCUGGGAGGCGAAUCCGGGGUCGGGGAGGGUAAUCUCAGGCAGCGGAUGACCAGAGAAAACCCAGGGGCCAGGCUCACGCCUCAACGCGGUCUCGCAGGGCAACUACGAGCGUCGGGCCGGAACGACGGGUGCCGCUCAUGCGUGGUCUACCGGGCGAGGAGUCGGAUGAUCCUCGGGUCCGAGCCACUGUGUGAGGGAGACGCCUGUCAAAAGAGUCCGGCCGGUGGCGCGUAGGAGUUGCCCUGGGAUGUGAGCCAAAGAUUCCAGCCCGGCCGGAGGGUCGGAGGACCUAUUGUUCACGAGCGGAAUCGCGGCAAGCGGCCCGCAUUGAGGGCAGAGGGCGAGCUGGAAAGGGAGAAAGGGUUGAGUAAAAGUCAUCCGGGUCUGGAGAACUCACCCAGGCCAAGGAGGGUCCAAUCAGCACGGGAUGAAGAAGACAGGUCGACGGUAGCAUGGAAUUAAAUAGCAAUUAAAAUAAAAAGAAAUAAAGGGCUGAAAAAAAAGGAAAUAUAUAUAAGCACAAACGGGAAGGGGGUGGGUCCAUCAAAGAUGAAAAAUGUUAUCCAUCAGCCAACAAAGAAACGCGGCGAGAACACAACAGUAUCCA